UAUUGUAAACUUACCUACUACCCUUUGUAUUCGACAGUGUUCCAAGAAACCAUGAUUGACCUGGUGUUUAUGAUAGAUGAUUCCACUGUUCAGCCUCAGGCACGCAGAAAUAUCUCCAAUCAAAUAGUACAAGUGAUCAAGUCCACGUUAAGCUACUUUCCAAGUCAAAACACGAGGGUUGGGCUAGUCCUCUAUGCAGCUGAUACUACCACAGUGGGUAACUUUAAUGCCACGAGAAACGAAACAAAUCAAGCCCUGGAGCUGUUACCACACCUUCCUGAAGGGACAUUCACCGGCAAAUCACUUAAUUACACAAGAGAGCAUUUCUUUAACAAUAGCCGUGCGAACGCACAUCGCGUCCUAGUAGUGUUCACUGAUGAGACUUCUAACGAUGUGGUUUCGGUUGCGUCUAAAUUGCUGCGUGACAUGAAUGUAACUAUCAUCGUAGUUGCAUUGGGGAAUUGGUUCGAUGUCACCCAAGUCAACAAUAUGGCUAGUCAUCCCCGCUCAGCGACGGUGCUUCGCACUACACACGUCGAAAUAAUGGAAAUACCUUGGAGGGUUCAUGAAAUGAUCGGCGAAGGUAUGUCAAGGGUAUAACGCAACAGAAUUAGAGGUAGAUAGAUGCCAUAACUUAACUUCUUAGCAACCCAUGUGAAAAUAACGGUACUUGCAUCAACUCCUUGCUUGACUACGGUUGUUCAUGUCCUAAUGGCUUUACUGUGUCAUUUUGCGAGGAAGGUGAGGUAACAAUUUGUUUGUUUGUCUUUACUGAAAUGAUUAAAAAAAAGAGAGAAAUGUUGGAGUUCAUAAUGCUAAUGUUGAGGACAACGACGACGACGACGAUGAUGAUGAUACUGAUGAUGAUGUUGAUGAUGAUAAUAAUAGUGAUGAUGAUGAUGAUGGUAGAUCUAAGGGUGGACGGGGGACGGGCAGACCGGACGAAGGUAGGGAAGGGCGAAGGGAUUCAAUCAAGGAACUCAAAGUUCAUCUCAGAAUUUCUCUCCUCUUUAUCCACAGCUGUUGACCAUUGUUUCAGCAACCCUUGUGCAAAUAAUGGUACUUGCAACAACUCCCUUCAUGGCUACCGAUGUUCGUGUCCUGAAGGCUUUACUGGGUCACUUUGCGAGGAAGGUUAG